AUGCCCGCAGCACUUCUAUCCACCAUCACGUCGUCUCCAGCCGCGCAAAAUGAGGAGUCUACAUCAACUGUGCCGAUCUCAGAUCAGCAACGCAUGCACACGCGACUUUGCCCGACCUUCUGGUCGACCGUUAUUGUUCUCCGCAAAACCCCGUGGGGUAUGCACGAGCUUCUUCGUGGCCAGUGUCCGACGGGAUCGUCAAGUGCCCAGGAGGAAGGAGUUGGAGCCAUCUACCCGAACAUUACCACCCGCGCGCAAAACGAGGCCAUCUCUGCCUGA